GUUCUUGAAAGAAACUUGCGACGCCCAUGAAGUGAAAUGCUAGGAAUUCUAGCAACAUUUCAGGAGCUCCAUAUGUUUCUCCAUUUCCAUAAAACUAAUAAAGCGUAAAUACAGAAAGAAAUCCUUCAAUGUACUAUGAAAUUUGAAACUUUUCAACAAAUAGUAACGUGCACAUCGCAAGAGUUAAUUGUUUGUUAAUAAUUUACAAUGGACAGCUAAUUUGCUAGUCUUUAGCUUAUCGCCAUGGUUUCGUACAAGCUUUCGCAGAAAAUCCACUUUAUCCACCAAAAGCGCUGUCUCAUAAGCAUUUCAACUUAACCAACUCAACGCAAGUGAUUGUAUAUAUUCGUUACCAAGUCCUCUAUAAACGACUUAUAAAAAGUGGAAAAAACAGUUUCUAUUGCAGCCGCAAGUGAUUAGUUGAUUCCUUUAGAAUGCCAAAAGAAAUUCUGGAACAUGAUGAGACCUUUGUUUUUAAGCAAAUUGAGAAGGAGCUUGGCAAAUCCAAGCAGGAUCUUGAAAAGGAUUCACAAAUCGUUGAAGACUGGUUGAAAACACAACCUCAUCUGCCAGAGAUUCCAAGCAAAGCAGUCAUCCAGUCUUUUAUAUUGUUCAAUAAAUUCAGCAUUGAAGCAACCAAGCAAAAACUGGACAUGUAUUACACCAUCAGGAAGACGCUUCCUGAGUUUUUUAAAAAGCAUCCAUGUUCCCCAGAAAUGGUGCUAGCGGCUAAGGUUGAAUAUAUAUUUCCACUUCCCAAGCUAUCAAAGGACGCUAGAAGAAUAAUCUACAUAAAAAUAAAUGAAGAUUAUGGUCCAGAAAGUUUCAGCUUUGAAGCAUUCGUUGCCCACAUUUAUAAUGUCUACGAGAUCUUGUUCCGAGAGGAUUUAUUUGUUGGCGCUCAUUUCAUUAUUGACUGUGUUGCUUUGCAGAUGAGCCAUGCCACCAAAUUAAAUCUGAUGACUAUGAAAAAAACAUCAAUUGUCUCAGAGAAAGUCUUCUCGAAUAGGGUGGCCUCAAUAAAUUUAAUAAAUGUCCCUCCUUUUAUUGAGGGAACUUUAAAAUUGGUUAAUGCUGCGUUACCAGAAAAAGUGAGAUCAAGGCUGGAAGUUCACAAGAACGCCGAUGAUAUGUUAAAGUUGUUCUCCAAAAAGAUAUUACCAAAAGAUAUUGGCGGAGAUGAAGAAUCAUUGGCUACUUUGGCAGACUUAUGGUCGAAAAAGUUUGAAGAAUAUAAAACUUUAUUCGACAAACUCACCACAAUAAAUGUAGACGAAUCCAAGAGGCCCACAAAAUUGGUGAACGACGAACUUCUAGGAUUUUAUGGCAAUUUCAAGAAGCUGGAUGUUGACUAAUUCAGUCAAAAAAUAAUUGUAUUCUCUCUUCAUUUCGCUGAUAUUGUUAUCGUGUCAUCGAGUUUACUUAUCAAUAAACUUCCCAAAAUUUUAUGUGUUUACUGGGUAAUUACUAAGGUUUCAUUAUCUGUUAAUUUUGUUUACAUACGCCCGUUAUUGUCACUUUGUUAUAAUUCUUAAACAAUGUUUUGAAUACACUUUGUUGUUA